GCGGAACUUCCUUUUCUGACACAUGCUCACAGGAGCACAUGGUGUGAGAAGAAGAAGAGGAAGUUCAACAUUAGCAGAACCUUCCUGUUCAGAUUGACUGAGUGCAUAAACAAAUUAUUUCCUGCAGCAUGGAAAGAACCAUCUGAACAUAAUGGAACAAACAGGUGUAAACACAGAGCAAAGAGAAGGAUAUGAAAGAGAGAAGGACGAGAUGAAGAAGGUCUGCAAAGAAACAGAUGAUUCAGUUCAGAGGGAUGGUGGAACAGUAGCAGCAGAUCAACACCUACAGCAGGAAGAGAAUGAACCAGAAAAAAUAAAGAAUCUAUUUCAGAGACUUCAUCUUGAUGGCAGGCGCCACAAUAAACUGAGAGCUGCAGAUGUUCUUCAGAUAACUCCACAUUCAUUACAGUCCCAUGAAUCUUGUGCUGAGGAGGAGCUGGUUCACACUUUCCUACAAAAACUACUGAUGAUGGACUACAGAGCAAGAUACAUUAAUGUUAAAGAUACCAAUGAACAGAAUCUGAUACAACAAAGAGAUACUGUCUCGUCUGAAGAUGAGGAUGAUUUUUUUGAUUAUGUUUCCUCUGUGUCAAACAAAGGAACAAGCCAAUCGGACCAUAUUCACCCGAUGGAUGUCCAGAUGGCUGUGUUUCAUUGUGCUGAUGGUUUCCUGAAGCAGCUGAUGGUCACUAAACUGUCCCAGUGUCAGUACGCUCUGCCUCUGCUUGUUCCUGAUCCAGACAAACAACAGAUUGAGUUUCCUCUCUGGACAUUCAGACAAAUCAACAAGAGCUGGAAGAUGAGAAACAAUGACAAUGAGAUCAUCAGUCAAACCCAGUCAGUCUACAAGGCACAAACUCCAAUGGUGUUUUUCUUCAGGUUUGGCUCUGUGUCCUCAUCCAAGUCUCAGCUGAUGAACAGCCUGAUCAAUAAGAAACACGACACGUUCUUCCACAGGAACUGCCCAGGCAGCAGCAGAACCAGAAUCCUAAUGGAUGGAGUGGUGGAGAUCGCCUGGUUCUGCCCCUCUGGGAAAACAACGGAUAAAUUCACUGACUGUGUUGCUUUCUGUAAUCUACACGGUGAUGCAGGAGACCAUGAGAAACAGCUGCAGAUCCUCACUGAAAUGAGCUCAGUCAAUGUUGUUCUUCUGCCACGAAUGGACAGGAAUGACAGACAUGCAAGAAUAAUACAAAACCUGUUCAAAAACAGAAAGCCACUUAUUUGUCUUUUUACAGAGGAUGAAUAUACUGUAACUGAGAUGAAGAAAGACAAAUUCAAAAUAGGUUUGAAAGACAGAAAUCAGUCAGAUGUAUCUGAAGAACUCAGAAGAACUAUAAACGAUUGUCUCUCAAAAUCAUCUUCCUCUUUCAGACUUGAAGAUGUGUCCAAACUCUCAGACAUCAGAGUAGAUGAGGAUAAUGAAGACUGCAAGAGAGGAAGAGAAGCAGCAGAACAGAUUAAGAGUUUACUGAAGAAGAAAAAUCUGAAAGAAAUUAAAGAGUUUCUGCCUCAUCAGGGAAAACUGUGGCAUCAGUGGAGUCAGAAGAACAAAGAACUACAUCGACCUCAAGUAGAUGAGAUAGUAAGGGAAAUAAGUAGAAUACAAACAGAGAUGAAGAAAAUCCGCGAACAGCAGCAUGAAUCUGACAUCAGUGAGUUCAUGAAGCUCUUUAAUUAUCAACUGUUCUCACAGACUGAACAUGAAAAGAUGUUUUUCCUCAAAUGGCUCCAAGUCUUGUUGGAUGAAUACACCUCAACUGACCUUUCUGCUCUACAUCAUAAGUAUGAUGAAAAGUGGUCAACAGUAGUAAAACUGAAAAAGAACCUGGCCGAAAAACCUGAAAGACUCAAAGCUGAACAAGCAGAACUUGAGAGAAUAUCUAAGGAACUUGAAGCUGCAACCUUUGGUCUGGAGCACAUCAUGAGGGAGGUUGGUCAGAUCUAUGAAUCAUGUUCAUCUGUGAAGAAGAACAAGAAAGACCUGCAGUUUGAAUUCUCUUCUCUCCCGAGUCUUGCAGCAGAGAUGAUGAUCUCUGGAUUUCCACUGGAGCUGAUGGAUGGAGAUGCUGCUCAUGUUCCAGUGAUCUGGAUCUCUGCUGUUCUAGAUGAACUCAUCCAGAAACUGGGAGACCAGAGAGUCUUUGUGCUGUCAGUUUUAGGGGUUCAGAGCUCUGGGAAAUCCACCAUGCUGAAUGCCAUGUUUGGACUGCAGUUUGCCGUCAGUGCUGGCAGGUGCACCAGAGGAGCUUUCAUGCAGCUGGUCAAAGUAUCAAACGAGAUGAAAACACAGAUGAUCUUUGACUAUAUUCUGGUUGUUGAUACUGAGGGUCUUCGUGCUCUAGAACUGGCUGGAAGAUCAACAAGACAUCAUGACAAUGAACUGGCCACAUUUGUUGAAGGACUUGGAAAUCUAACCUUGAUCAACAUCUUUGGAGAAAACCCUUCUGAGAUGCAGGACAUUCUUCAGAUUGUUGUUCAGGCCUUCCUGAGGAUGAAGAAGGUCAGACUGAAUCCCAGCUGUGUGUUUGUGCAUCAGAACGUUUCAGACAUCACAGCUGGAGAGAGAAACAUGGAGGGCAGGAGACGACUGCAGGAGAAACUGGAUGAGAUGACAAAACUCGCUGCUAAAGAGGAAGUCUAUGAUGCAGAAUGUUUCAGUGAUGUCAUUAGAUUUGAUGUUCAGAAUGAUGUGAAGUAUUUCGCUCAGCUCUGGGAGGGCAGCCCACCAAUGGCUCCACCAAACCCAAACUACUGUGACAAUAUUCAAGAACUAAAGAAAUCUAUUAUGUCUCAUGCCUCAAAAUCAGAUGGAAUGACUCUGAAACAUAUAAAAGAUCGUGUUAAAGAUCUCUGGGAGGCUUUACUGAAUGAACGAUUCGUCUUCAGCUUCAGAAAUUCUCUGGAGAUUUCAGCUUACAGGAAACUGGAGACCCAAUACAGCAAGUGGUCCUGGAGUCUUCGCAGUGCCAUGAUGGAAACUGAGAACAAACUACACAACAAAAUAGAGAAUGAAACAAUUCAUGAGGUUGAGGAAACUGAUCUUCAAAGAGAACUGAAGACGACAAGUGAAGAAGUGAAAAAAUCAAUGUCUGAAUUCUUUGAGAAAGACAGUGAUAAAGAUACACUGAUUCAAUGGAAAACAUCUUUUGAAAUUAAAAUCAAAGAGCUUCAGGAGAACAUUGUGAGAGAAACAAAGAGGAAAUUAAAUGAGUUUCUUCAGCAGCAAGACCUGAAGAAAAAGAUUGAUGCUCAGAGGACACAACAUGAAAACACUCUCUAUGAAAAGAGCAAAGAACUUGCCUUAAAACUCAAAGACAACAGAAAUGAUGAAGAAACACUGAAGAAAGAGUUUGAUAAGUUCUGGGAACAGACUGUGACGAAGAUCAUCACAGACACUCCUCCAAUCAAAGACAUUGAUGUAAUGAGAGAUGUGAGAGGGAUCCUCAAUGACGUCUAUGGAAGUGUUCCUGUAGACCACUGGAAGAGCAAAGAUAUUUUCACUGUGCAAAGUUAUUCAGAUUAUGUACAGGUUAAAACAAAUAGUGUUGUAAAUCAAGUUAAAGGGAUGCUUGGUUAUGGUCCUCUAUAUAAAGAGGAUGAAGCCCAAAUCAGAUCAUUAGUCACAGAUGUUGUUCAGCAGACAGACAGAAUGAUUCAGUCAUUUAACAUUUCAAAGAUGGGCUACAACAAAAGCUUCAUUCAACAACUCACAGGUUACAUCAAGACAAGGGUAACACAACAUCAGGAAGGACGAGUGAAUAUGUAUGUAUUCAAGAAUGAAUUCUUCAUGGAUUUGGUUCGUUCUGUCUGUAAGAGAGCAAACAAGAUUAUUACUGACCAACACAGACUGUUCAGAGACGCCAAUGAUCCUGAAAUAUAUGUUAAGAAGAAGAGAGAAGAGUACUAUAGUAUUUUCCAGAAGUACUGUCAUGGAGCAACAUCAACUGCUAUUUAUGGGGAGAUCAUCUGUCAGAAACUGAAAGAGCCUGUUGAGCAGAGUGUCUACAUGGAGAUUGCCAGAGGUUUAGCAGAUGAAAUUAGAUCAAACUGUCCAUCACUGAAUGGAAACAGAUCAAAUCUGGAGAAACACAUCCUGAAGACACUGGCAGAAGAGGAGGAUUUUGACAAAUACAUGAACUACAUUAAAACUCCCAGAGAUCACUUCAAGAGAUUCAUCAGAGAUGAAGUCAGUCGGUACAUCACUGAGAAGUUCAGUGUCAGUGUUUUACCCAAGAUGAAGGAGAACAUUGAACUCCUGCAGCAGAAGAUCAUGAAAGCAGCACAUGAAUCCACUGAUAAUGUUCAAGUGAAGCAAGGAGAUGUUGGUUUGUGGUUGAAGAGUUUCACACAGCAGCUCUCAGAUGAGCUGAUCUUCUCUGAAAAAGACCUCAAUGGAGUCAAACAUGAUGAUGUUGAUGAUUUCAAACUCCUAGAAGAUGUGAUAAGACAAGAGCUUCCUGCUAUAAUGUCUGCCAUCAGAUGUAGAUUCAACACAAAGACAUUUCCAGUAAAGCUGCACAAUAAGUUCAGGCCAGAUGAACUUCUGAUUGAUCACUUCUGUCAGUGCUGUUGGAAUCAGUGUCCAUUCUGUGGAGCCAUCUGCACUAACACCAUAGAAAACCAUGAUGAAGAUCACAGUGUUCCUUUCCACAGAGUGGAUGGACUCUAUGGAGGGUAUUACUAUCAAACAGAGAAUCUCAGUGCAGAUUUUUGUACAACUUUAGUGACAACUGGUAAAAGUUUUCUUGUGUCAGAUGAGUGGUUCCCAUUCAAUGAUUAUAGAAGAGCAGGAGGAGUUUAUGCUGACUGGAGCAUCACCCCUGACCUCUCUGAGCUGCCCUACUGGAAGUGGUUUGUGUGCAGAUUCCAGAAAGAUCUGGAAACACAUUAUAAUCAAACAUUCCAGGGUCAUGGUGAGAUUCCAGAGGAAUGGAGAAAGCACAGAAAAGAAGAUGCUAUUCAGAGUUUGGAACACUUUUAAUAAUUAUCUGACAUAAGAACAAAUAAGGCAUAACCCUUGUUUUAAACCACUUAUUGGCAGAACAAUCUAAAAUAUAAACAGUUGCCCUCUACAUAAAUAGUCUCUAAAGCAGCGUCUGAAAUCGGACACUUGUUCACACAUUUUAUUGUCUUAUUUUUAGAGCUGCUUUACACUUGUUUGAAUUUUGUUGCAUCAUUGAUCAUUACCUGGUGGAUUGAACAUAGAGCACUCUAGAAGUGAUAGUGAACAGUUCAAACAGAGUAAAUAUGCUUUCCAUUGGGGCGAUUGAAAUCUUGGUUUGCGUCAGUGUCACGUGAACAAACACAGCAUACACAGUGUGCUCCGGUCCUGAGACACUACAGCACAGAGUGGAUCACAUCUGUGAGUCAGUGUGGACCACAAAACAUAUUUGACCCAUUUUUCAAACUACAAAAGCUUCACCUUUACUAAAAAUCAUCACUGUUUAUUUCUGUAGUAAGAAUUUCAUAAAAUGAGGCUAUCACAAGCUGUCAAAUGCAUUUUUUUGUGAUGUAAAAAAAAUGCUACUGGCUUUGAUAUGCCCUGUUCUGACUUCCUGUUUCAGUCAGAAAUGAGUAAAAGCUUUGAGUAAAACUGUGCUUAGCCACUUCACAGUAAUUUUAAGUGGAAAAAACAGCAAAGCAUUUUAUUGAUUGAGCAAAAAUAUUAAGCAAGGCAAGUUAAAUUACAUAGCACAUUUUUUACACAAUGGUAAAAAAAAUAAGUGCUUUACAUAGAUAAGGAGUUAAAAUAAUCAAAAUAAUUGUAACAUAUACAUAAGAAAUAAAAAUAUCAUGCCUGGGAAAUAAAAAUAAUAAUCAUAUUUAACUAAAGUCUGACUGAAUUAAUCUCUAACUGCCCGAAUCACUAAGUUGGACAUCAAGAGGAAAAAAUAAAAAUAAAAAAUGGAUGAAAAAAAAAAAAGAAUUAAUAGUUAGUAUAAAGAUUAUACACAGAUCAAAUAAAUGAAUCAGUUAUUAAACAUUUAAGCAUCUGUUAUCGAAUACCUAAACCAUUAUCUGCAUCGAUAACAAAUAUAUCAUCAGCAUGCACUUACAGUUGUGUUCAAAAUAAUAGCAGUCCAACAUCACUAACCAGAUCAAUCAUUGUUUUUGAUAGAAAUUAUAUUUCUACAUGGCAAAUAUUUUACUAAUAGAUGUAGUAGAGUAAUAGAAAACCAACAGACACAACAGUCAUGACAUGCAUGCUGCUGAUUAUGUGUAAUUGAAUCAUUAAUUGAAAUGGGCGUUCAAAAUAAUAGCAGUGUGGAGUUCAAUUAGAGAUUAAUCAAUUUCAAUUAAUCCUGUGAAAAAAACUGAUGUCAAACAAAUGGUCCUUAUUUUUUUACAUUUUUGAGAAUACAAUACACAAAGCACACACACCCAUCUUCGUUAAUCUAAUUUUGACUGUUAAAUUUUUUUUUAAUUUGACAAUUAAAAAUUAAAUACAAUUAAAAAUUGUAAUGAAA